AUGAAUACCAAUGAGCAUGACAAUAGUUCUAUACAUCAGAAUAAUACUAUUGGUCAUCAAAUGAAUGAUACAUUCUUAGCACAUUUAAUGAAUACGAAUUUGCAAAUUAAUUCAGAAUUUGUUGAAAGAUCAGAUUCAUCAGAUAUAUUUCAAUGUCAAAUACGUUUAUUUCAUUUUUGGUAUCCUCAAUGGUCAUUAGAACAACGUGUUCAAUUAGUUAGUAAUUUAAAAGAUAUACAAUUAAAAUCAUUAAACGGAAUUUCGUAG